AUGUAGCAUGCUUCUAUGAUUCUGCCAGCCUGGCACGCACCCCUCCUUUCAACCUCCUUCCCUUGCCCUCGCUCUCCUCUCCCUCUUCUCUCCGCUCUCCCCAUCCUCCCACCCUCCCCACUCCUCCCACUCUUCCCGCUCCUCCCUUUCCUCCUCCCGCUCCUCCCUCCUCCCUCGUACUCUCUUCCCUCCUGUUCUUCAACCUUUCCCUAACUGGACGCGCACAGGCAUACCCAUCCAUACGACCAGGGGCCCACCAUUCAUCCCCUUCGUCGCUCCACUCGUCAGCUUCGUUCGCGUUUCCAUCGUCGGACUCGCUCGAGUCCGACUUAGCAUGUACUGCCUCCUCAUCGGCCUCCUCUGCUUCAGCGGCCAGCACGGCCUCCUCCUCCAUCUCGACGGUCACAUCGGGAGGGGUGACCACGGGGGCCGGGUAG